AUGGCCGAGACCUUCGAGUUCCAGGCUGAGAUCUCCCAGUUGCUUUCUCUCAUUAUCAACACUGUCUACUCCAACAAGGAGAUUUUCCUCAGAGAGAUCAUCUCCAACGCCUCUGAUGCCCUGGACAAGAUUCGCUAUGAAUCUCUCUCUGACCCCACCAAACUCGACUCCAACAAGGAUCUCCGCAUCGAUAUCAUCCCAGACAAGGAGAACAAGACCUUGACCAUCCGUGAUACCGGUAUUGGUUUCACCAAGGCCGACUUGGUCAACAACCUCGGUACCAUUGCACGCUCUGGUACCAAGCAGUUUAUGGAGGCUCUCACCGCUGGUGCCGAUAUUUCUAUGAUUGGACAGUUUGGUGUCGGUUUCUACUCUGCCUACCUUGUUGCUGACAAGGUCACCGUCGUCUCUAAGCACAACGAUGACGAGCAGUACAUCUGGGAGUCCUCUGCCGGUGGUACUUUCACUCUUACCCAAGAUACCGAGGGUGAGCCACUCGGCCGUGGUUCCAAGAUCAUUCUCCACCUCAAGGAUGAGCAGACCGAGUACCUCACCGAGAGCAAGAUCAAGGAGGUUGUCAAGAAGCACUCCGAGUUCAUCUCUUACCCCAUCUACCUCCACGUCUUGAAGGAGACCGAGAAGGAGGUCCCAGAUGAGGACGCUGAGGAGGUCACCGAGGUCGAGGAGGGUGAUGAGAAGAAGCCAAAGGUCGAGGAAGUCGACGACGAGGAAGAAGAGAAGAAAAAGGAGAAGAAGACCAAGACCGAGAAGGAAUUCGAAGGCCUCGCCAAGUCCCUCAAGAACGUCCUCGGUGAUGCCGUUGAGAAGGUCGUUGUCUCCCACAAGCUUGUCGGUGCUCCUUGCGCCAUCCGUACCGGCCAAUUCGGCUGGUCUGCCAACAUGGAGCGUAUCAUGAAGGCUCAGGCUCUCCGUGACACCUCCAUGAGCUCUUACAUGGCCUCCAAGAAGACCUUCGAGAUCUCCCCCAAAUCCCCCAUCAUCAAGGAGCUCAAGAAGAAGGUUGAGGCUGACGGUGAGAACGACCGUAACGUCAAGUCCAUCACUCAGCUCCUUUACGAGACUUCUCUCCUCGUCUCUGGAUUCACCAUUGAGGAGCCAGCUGCUUUUGCCGAGCGUAUCCACAAGCUCAUCUCUCUCGGCCUCGACGUCGAGGAGGAGGAGACCCCUGAGGAGAAGACCGAGGAGGAGGCCGCCACUGCUGAGCCCGCUGCUGCCAGCGCCAUGGAGGAAGUCGACUAA